CGGGCCCGCCGCGGGUGGGGCCAUGGCUCCCCUGGGCGCGGCGGCCAGCCGGGGUCCGAGAGGCUGCAGGGAGCGCUGAGUGCUGAGCGGCGGUGCGCGCGGGCAGGCGGCCGUCGGGGCGCCAGCGGAGCGCACGCGGCACCAUGCGCCCCCGCCUGCCGCCACUGCCCGGGCUGCUGCUGCUAGCCUGCGCCGUGCACGCGGUUGGUACCCCCCCUCGACUGUGUGAUGUGCUGCAGGUACUGCGGGUGGAGAGGGACCAGUGCCUGCAGGAGCUCUCCCGGGAGAGCACAGAGCAUCCAGCCCCAGGCUGCCGGGGGCUAUGGGACAACACCAGCUGCUGGCCGUCCUCUGCACUGGGACAGACGGUGGAAGUGGCAUGCCCGCGGUUCCUCUGGAUGCUCGUGGGCAGGAAUGGUUCCAUGUUCCGGAACUGCACACAGGGCGGCUGGUCAGAAACCUUCCCCAGACCUGACCUGGCCUGUGGGGUCAAUGUGAAUGACUCCUCCAACGAGAAGCGGUAUGAGUACCUGCUGAAGCUGAAGAUCAUGUACACCGUGGGCUACAGCUCCUCCCUGGUGAUGCUCCUGGUUGCCCUCAGCAUCCUUUGUGCCUUUCGGAGGCUCCACUGCACCCGCAACUACAUCCACGUGCACCUCUUCGUGUCCUUCAUCCUGCGCGCCCUGUCCAACUUCAUCAAGGAUGCCGUGCUCUUCUCCUCCGACGAUGCCACCCACUGUGAUGCCCACAGGGUGGGCUGUAAGCUGGUCAUGGUCUUCUUCCAGUACUGCAUCAUGGCCAACUACUCCUGGCUGCUGGUGGAAGGCCUCUAUCUUCACACGCUCCUUGUCAUCUCCUUCUUCUCAGAACGGAAGUGGCUCCAGGGAUUUGUGGCCCUCGGAUGGGGUUCCCCAGCCAUCUUUGUUGCUUCGUGGGCUGUCACCAGGUACUUUCUGGAAGAUGUCGGGUGCUGGGACAUCAAUGCCAAUGCGUCCAUCUGGUGGGUCAUCCGAGGGCCUGUGAUCCUCUCCAUCCUGAUUAAUUUCAUCCUUUUUAUAAACAUUCUAAGAAUCCUGAUGAGAAAACUUAGAACUCAAGAAACGGGAGGAAAUGAAGUGAACCAUUAUAAGCGUCUGGCCAAGUCCACCCUCCUGCUGAUCCCCCUCUUCGGAAUCCACUACAUCAUCUUCGCCUUCUCCCCAGAGGAUGCCAUGGAGAUCCAGCUGUUUUUUGAACUGGCCCUUGGCUCAUUCCAGGGCCUGGUGGUGGCCAUCCUCUACUGCUUCCUCAAUGGGGAGGUGCAGCUGGAAGUUCAGAAGAAGUGGCGGCAGUGGCACCUCCGUGAGCUCCCAUUGCAGCCCGUGGCCCCCAGCUCCUCCUUCAGCAACGGCAUCAAGGCCAGCCCCUCGGAGCAGAGUCGGGCCACCCAUAGGACCAGUGUCAUCUGAGGCUGGUCACCCCAGGUCCUGAGGGCUGACUGUUGCAGUAGGAGAGCCUGCCUUCCUGCCAGAUGCUGUGUGGUCUCUCCAGUGACUAUUACACCCCUCCUCCUGGCCUUGGGGUGGGGUUGUGGUCAUGAUUCCUCAGAACUGAUGGGGCCUGGGGUAGCAAAAGGGCCUGGGAUUCAGAUCUGUUGAGUUUCCAGGAGAGGGCAGGGGAAUAAAUGGUAACUGGGAUGAGA